GGGUGAAGUCAGACCAGGCUCUCUCAGCGUUUCUCUCCAAUGCAGGCAGUAUCUGGAGUUUAAGCUUAUCGCUUUGCACAGCUCUGGGUUCAGCUUUACGGCACAGUGGUGUACCCUCUCUGGACUUUUCAUCUUAUGCCAAUGAGACGCAGCGUGAAUCGCUUUUCUCACUUCAGGAAUAUUGGGUCUGGAUACUCUGUUAACUGCGACUGAAAGCUUUGGGUAAAAACAGUCUGAUGAGCCUGGCGAGUGCAGCAGUGUCGGCAGCUGGUUUCCAGGGUGGGGCACGCCAGCGAGACUUGAUGAUGGAGCAGAAAGUCAGUAAGCUGACCUCUGGCUUCCAACGCAGCUCCACCUCCGAUGAUGACUCAGGCUGUGCGCUGGAGGAGUAUGCCUGGGUACCACCUGGCCUCAGGCCUGAACAGGUGCAGUUAUAUUUCUCCUGUCUGCCUGAGGAUAAAAUCCCUUAUGUGAACAGUCCAGGAGAGAAGUUUAGAAUCAAGCAGCUCCUCUACCAGCUUCCACCGCAUGAUAAUGAGGUGCGUUACUGCCAGUCCCUCAGUGAGGAGGAAAAGAAGGAGCUACUUAUGUUCAGUGUCCAGAGGAAGAAGGAAGCACUGGGGAGGGGCAUAGUGAAACUUUUGCCCCGCAAUCUUCUGAACAGCAUUUGUGAGCAUUGUGGUGAAAACAUCAACGGCGGGGAAAUGGCAGUGUUCACCUCAAGGGCUAGCCCUGGGCUGUGCUGGCACCCCGCAUGCUUUGCCUGCUCCACAUGUAGUGAACUGCUGGUGGAUCUGAUCUACUUCUACCAUGAUGGAAAGAUCCACUGUGGAAGGCACCAUGCUGAGCUGCUCAAACCACGCUGCUCAGCCUGCGAUGAGAUUAUCUUUGCUGAUGAGUGCACAGAGGCAGAGGGGCGCCAUUGGCAUAUGAAGCACUUCUCCUGUUUUGAAUGUGAGACAAUUCUGGGAGGCCAGCGCUAUAUAAUGAAGGACGGCAGACCAUACUGUUGUGGCUGCUUUGAGUCUCUCUAUGCAGAGUACUGUGAGGCAUGUGGAGAACAUAUUGGUGUGGAUCAUGCUCAGAUGACCUAUGAUGGGCUCCACUGGCACGCCACUGAGAGCUGCUUUAGCUGUGCCCAGUGUAAGAGCUCUCUACUUGGCUGCCCCUUCCUGCCACACCAGGGUCGGAUUUACUGCUCUAAGGCCUGCAGUCUUGGGGAAGAUGUGCAUGCCUCUGACUCCUCUGACUCGGCUUUCCAGUCAGCACGCUCACGUGAAUCCCGCCGCAGUGUGCGCAUGGGCAAGAGCAGUCGCUCAGCUGACCAAUGCCGACAGUCGCUUCUCUUCUCACCCUCUGUCAACUAUAAGUUCCCUGUCUUCAGUGGAAACGCUGACGACACCCUGACAAACAAGCUUGCCCACAUGAACUUAUCUGAUGAGAAUUUCUGGAGGGGGCGUGGUGAGGAGGCAGAGGCACCUGAGGACCAGGAGGAGGAGUGGGCUGAGCACGAAGACUACAUGACACAGCUGCUCUUAAAGUUUGGGGAACAUGGGGUCUUCCAGCAAGCCAAUGACUCCAGACCCACAGAUUUCUGGAUCGCCGAAAAGGAUCCCAAGUCGAGGCCGGACUCCUCAAAAACUGGCAGUGGUGGGGGAGGAGCAAGGGGGAGCCUGGCCAGUAAGAAGUACCAAGCUGACAUGUACUGGGCCCAGUCACAGGAUGGGCUAGGGGACUCAGCCUACGGUAGCCACCCAGGCCCUGCGAGCAGCAGAAAAAUUCAGGAGUUGGAGCUGGAUCAUGGUGCUGGAGCUGGCUUCCAGGGAGAGGAGCCACAAUGGUAUAAUGACUCUUUGGAGUGUAUCACAGACGAGUUCAAGAAGACCGAUCAUAGUGUCAGAGACUCUAUGGACUCCCUGGCACUCUCCAAUAUUACUGGGGCCUCAGUAGAUGGUGAUAGUAAAGAUAGACCUUUGGUAUAUUCCCUGCAAGGCUUCCAUGAACAGGAGACAGAAGACUGUGAGAAAACCAGUAAUAUGGGAACCCUUAACUCCUCUAUGUUACAUAGAAGUGCAAAUUCCCUGAAGAGCCUUGUAUCUGAGCCGGAAGAGGAGGCGGAGGGAAAUGUUCCAAAGGAAGAGGAGAUACCUCUGCCAGACGACAGACCCAAACCUCAUGUCCCUGCCCUCAGGAGGACACGUUCGCAGUCUAGGCCACAGCAAGUCAAAUUCUCUGACGAUGUGGUGGACAAUGGCCAUUAUUGUGAUCUCCCAGUGCGUCAGCCGCCUAUGAGUGAACGGACCCGUCGAAGAGUGUACCACUUUGAGGAGCAGGGCCAGGAACUUCAUUCUGGACGCCAACAUCACCACCACAGGAGGCAUCGCAGUCGCAAGUCUCGCUCUGAUAAUGCUCUUAACCUUCUGCCCAAGGAGAGGGCCCAAAUGUGCUACAAAGUGGACCGUAGAGGAAAUGCCCUCGGCCCCAAGAGCCACCAAGCCUUCCACGGCCACCCCAAUCCUACUGCCAUGACAGACUACAGGCUACAGGAACCAGCCAUGGGGAGAUUCUUGGGGCUGUAUGGAGAUGAUGAUGACUGGUGCUCCACGUGCUCUUCUUCCUCUUCUGAUUCUGAGGAAGAAGGCUUUUUCCUGGGUCAGCCCAUCCCUCAGCCCAGGCCCCAUAGACACUACUACACUGAUGACUUGCCCAGCCCCGUGGCAGGCAUGUCCUCUCCUCCUUAUGGCCAACGGACUAAGUCCAAAAAGAAGAGAGGGCACAAAGGGAAAAACUGUAUAAUUUCAUAGACUUUCAUUACUCUCUUAUCCUCAGCUUUGGGUCACCCUCUGCCACUCAUAUCCACUGUUUAAAAGGCAAUAACAGUCUGCUUGCUAUUAAAUGCUUCACAGCACUCAAUUUACCAAGGUGUUUGUGUAAGACACAAGUCCUCUGAAUCUUGAAGGUAUACACAUCGCAUCACAAAUGCCAGUAAAGUGACAAAGUAUUUUAGAGUAAUACAUAUUUAUAAAUCACCAUCUAAACUGUGUUUAUUUAACAGUGAAGAUAUUGAUGUAUAUAGUGUAGAAUUAAAAAAAAACCAAAAUGGCUAUUUUUAUACACUUGAGCUCAUGACAUGCUUUGUACCACAAUGGCAUUGGCAUAGAACUAUUGGCAGUUGGUAAUGAGCCAUUCUUCCAUAAGGGUGUCCGAAAUGUAAUGACAAAUUGACUCUGACCCAAGCUUUUAAAAUUGGUUUUUCUCUCUCUCUCACACACACACACACACACACACGCGCGCACGCACGCGCGAACGCACGCACACGCACACAGAGUGUGUAUUAAAAGGCCUGGUUGAGUGGUGUAUUUAUGGGUCACUGUAUUGUAAGCAACUCAUUGUAAUCUGUAUAAAUGUACAAACUGGAAUAUAAGGCUAAGAUAAGUAAGAUGAUAAUUGUAAUAAAAAUAUCUAUAUAUCA